CUCGGAGUUAAUGAAUCGGAGGCGGAGGAGCAGCUCGUGGAGUGUAAACAAAGUUUUCUGGGGGUAGCUUGUUAGCUAGUUAGCCGUUAGCGCCACAGCCCAGUUGAUGCAGUCAUAAACAGGAAUGUCAGCUUUAAAUUAGAGGGCGGAGACUUAAACUUCUAAUCCACGGUGCUCGGAUAGAGUAACAGGAGCUGUGGGAGUUUUUCCGCUUCGGCUGCGGGGCUCCUCCCCCUGUGGUGGCCUGGCAACAUCAUGGCGUCUCGGCUGUUGGACCGCCUGAAGCGCUCGCUGUUUAAAGAUGGUCAGGGGCUGGAACCUGAGCAGGAAGAAGGUGGCGGGCCGGAAGAGGAGGCGUUUAACCAGGAUCGCUGGGAGGACGAGCUGGCGGAGGAUGAGGAGUGUGUAACCGAUCGGCUCGGAGGGAUGCUGUGCUUCGAUGGCACGGAUGGCGGUCUGGAGGAUGGAGCCGAGGGUGAAGGGUCAGGACAGGACAGCGACUCUGACUUCCUGGGAGAGUCGAUGGAGGAGGGUCCCAGCAGCAUGGACACCAGUCCUGUGGGUAUUUCCCCAGUGGGCCAGUCCUCGUCUUCCUCCUCCUCCCUGCUGACCCGGCAGCUUCAGGAGAGCUGGAGGAGUUUGCGCGGACUCAGUGGAGGAAGCUCGGUCUCCUCUGUGAGAUGGCAGACGGACAGCUUGUUGUUCGAGGUGACCGACGCCAGCGUGGUGCAGGACGGCUCCUCAAAAUAUGUGCUGUACACGAUCCAUGUGAUCCAGUCUGGCGCGAGCGAUAAGAUUCCUGCCAUCAUCACGCGUCGGUACUCUGACUUCCGGCGCCUCCAUGCCACUCUUCGCCGUAAACACGGCGAGCACAUGGAGCGUUUCUGUUUCCCACGAAGAAAACUCAGGAGGAACUUCACAGCAGAGACGAUCGCUAAGCGGAGCCGGGCGUUUGAACAGUACCUGUCUCACCUGUGUUCCCUGCACGCCCUGCGGGGGGCGCUGUGUGUCCGUCAGUUCUUCUACUUAACCGACUUGGAGACUGGACAGCUGCUCAUCAGGGCGGGACGUUACCAGGAGGCCUUGGGUCCUCUGCUCAAUGCCAAGAGACUGCAGCAGAAACUGGGAUGGGCAAGUUACUAUGACAACCAGACCCAGGCCCCUCCUCCAACCUCCUCCCAUUGGUUCUUCACCCUGGUGGGACUGUCGAGCUGUUUCCAGCAGGUGGACCAGCUGGAGGAGGCCCGAGAUCACUGUGACCACGCCCUGCGUGUUCUCACCCCCACCGAAACUCAAACUAACACAGAGGAUAAGCCCCUCCCACCUGACAAUAAGCCCUUCCAACCGUCAGAGUCAUCGCGUCUGGACGACGACAGGCCACACCCACUGCUGUUGCCGCUGUUACGAGUGAUGGUUCGGCUGUCGUGGCAGACGGGAAAAGACAAGCGACAGUGGGAGGAGCUUCUGCAGCAUCUGGAGGAGCGGUGGGUGGGGCUAGACAAUCAUCCAACCAUCAAAGAAUUUCUGGUUAAACACAACCUGCAGGAUGGUGACGGCGAGGGCUAAAGAGCGCGCACGCUGCAGAGUGCAAUCAGUACAGUACAGGUCAAGUGUUAGAGCCACUGCAGGGGAAACAAAGCCGAGAUUUUCAAAAUAAAAUCUGAAUGUUUUGAGUAAUUUUAGUUUUAUUUCUAAUAAAAAAAGGUAUUAAAGGGAAACAAGUUUCACCUAUAAAACCUGCUUUUUAAUGUUGUGACGUUGGACAUUUUAAUGUGGGAUUGGAGGAAACCUCAAGUGGCCGUUAGAGGAACUGCAGCAGUUCACACGAGUUUGGUUUGAGUAAAAAAACCAAAAAGGUUGUUCAGAAAAAGAGUGAUGUUAAUGUAAUGAAAGAGUAGGCUUCAGUAAAUAUCUGGCGGAAAGAAGCAAAUCACAGAAGCUUGAGUAUAAAAUGACGGAGCUGAUGAGACUGAAGGACAGUUGAGGCCUUAACCUGAAACCUGAAACUCGGCCAGUUCAAAAUCUCAGUUUUUAUUCCCCCUGACAGCGGCUGUAAUACUCUGAGUACUAAUGGAUCAGUCAAGGGUUCAGUCGUAAUUUCAAAGCCUUAAACUAGUUCAGUGGUCUUUGUAGGUCCGAUGCUUCACAUCAGUUUUAUUCUUAACCGUGACUCCUCAAAGGAUUUCUAAAAAACAGCCUGUUAUUUUACUUCAAGAGGAACUUCUACAAUAUUUAAGACUUGUUUUAUUUUUCAAAUAAAUUUAUUUUGAAAACUUGAUCCAGUCGAAGAAAAAAAGGUGUUCACGUCACAUAUUCACAGUUACAAUCAAUGAAACUGCACAAAUGUUUCGUAGAAACGUGAGGAGCACAGAUUCAGAACAAAGCUCCAAGAAGGAAGCAGAGGAAGGAGAAAACAAAUCACAGGUCAUGUGACUCUGAGGAGGAAAAACACUUAUAGUUUUAAAAGGCCUCUGACUUCCUACUAAAAGGUUUACUGAUGAUUAACAGUGUUACAUAUUGACAGCAGUUAAAAGGGAGCAAAUGGUGCAGAGACUCCUUGAAUCUUGUGGACGAUGCACGACAGGUUAAAGGUGCCCUGUGGAAUUUUACAUGUUGGUAUUUAUGCAACUGUAAAUGUUUCACAGCAGAAAACUUUGAUUGUAUUUGAGCUCUGAUGAAAACAACAAGAAGAGCGACACACAUGCAGAGUGUGACCUGCAAAAACAAAUGACAGUCAAACUUUAGUAUCCAUCUAUAAAUAGAAAUCAGUAAGUGGGGCGGGACUUUCUACUCAUGUUGAGCACUCAGAGCCUCCAGGCCUCAUUCACCCAGUCACACACACAGAUUCAUGCAGUGCUUUUAUUUAACACUCAGCCAUCCGUUAUUACUCUGCUUAUCUCGCUCGCUCUCGUUGUGUUCGGCUGGUGUGGCGUCGAUCCGACUGCGCCUGUAAAUAACAGUAAUGUGGCGCACUGAGCUGAAUUUAUGUUACUGCAGUAAAUGACUAGAAUAGGUCUUUAGGUCAUUUUAAAUAUAUUUAUAUUCUUAAAUGUUUUGUUUGUCAUGUUUUAUUUCAAAUCGAGCCUUUCGCGUUCCUCACACUGAGGAAUUCAGCAUCAGACGCCUGUUUCUGUGAUUCCUGCAUAUAAAUCAGUCACGUUCAUCAUAUUAUCAAACUGUGUCCGGUGUGUGUAAAGCUCACAGGGUUGAGCAGGUGGAUCAUAUGGCUUUAGGCUGUUGCAGAGGUCCAUCCAGAGGCCUUUCACUGUCCUCCCGUCCUCUCUCUGUUGUUGCAACACAAUAAAAACUAAAAGCACCAAAAAUAUAGUUUAAAAAACCCUUUUUUGAUUGGACGGUUAAAAAAUAUAGGCACCACGUUAUUUGAAGGUUCUGUUAAUUCUAAUCCAUGAUCAGUGUCUCAAGUCAAUUAAAAAAAAAAAAUGUUCAAAACAAGAUCUGUGGCACACUGAGUGUACAUAUUAUUCAGACGGUGCUGCAGGUGAGCAUCCUGCCAAGUAAUUUGGAGAUUUUAAAGAAACGAGCCUUAAAAAUAAUUUUCACUGCUUUGAAAGGUUGAAUGAUUUUGAUAAUGCAUAAGGCUUUAUUUUAUUCAGAAAGAGUGAAAGAGUUCAGUGCCUUUUUAGAUUUUUAACGAGGUUUCUGAGCCACCUGUGCACCAGGAAUAAAGGGAAUUUAUUUGCCGAGUGCAGGUCAAACAGGAGAUGAAGAAACUCCACAGAGCACCUGUAAAGACCUGAGCUGUGAGACAGUCGCACUCACACUGAGCCUGAUCUGUGUGUGUCUGCAUUAUUUACGUCUUAGUGAGAAAGACUAAUUUCACAGCUGAGGAGUAAAACGAUUUACUUGCACGAGUUUUCCUCCACACCUGCACCGUGUCCACCUGCAGUGGAAAAUUUCAGUGGAAAGCUUCGCCUGCUGCCGGUGCGUCACAUGUUCAGCGGUUAAAGAGGCGUUAAAUGAGAAACAAUGUUUAUCUGGAGGAACACUUAGCGCCUCUCCUCCCGCACGCCCCACACAGCUCUCACAGCUUCGCAGUCAUUCGAGGUAAAAUCUGCGUGCUUUUUACGUGGAUGCGGUUACUGUGGAGACCGGCCCGAGUGGACGGCUACACGAGACAAAAAUAGAUGCGAGGAGCUGGAUUUACAUCAGCAGGAAAAAUGUCAGACGGAACUGAUGGAUGGAGAAGAAAACAGGUGAUUAGUAAUGAGGGACUAAGCAAAGUUGUCAGCACAGGAAUGAAUUUCAGUGCCGUGAUUUUGGGGCUGAAGGUCGGACACUAUGCACAUGUAGAGAUUUAUGCUGUGUUCACCUGUCAUGUAGAAAAGCUGCUGAUUUGUCAGAUGUGAGUGCUGCAGGAGCACGGUACAUGUUCAGUAUUAUGCAGUUAUGUUAUAUCCAGCUGUUCUGCCACACUACAGAAACCUGACAACGCCUUCAGCUUCACUUUCUCAUCUCAUGUGGUAAAUGUCUGUCUGUGUGCAGCACUUUAUGCUUCUCAUUCACACUCACCAGUCUGGACCGUGAACCCUGUGAUGAGUGCACGAGCAGCUCUGGCUCCUGAGCUCCCGCUAUACUGAAAGUAGAGUCAGAGAGGCCACUGCAGAGGAAGAGUGUGUGCUGGAGACUUUAUGCACAGUUAGGCAGUUUCUCACUUCUGGGCUCAGUGACAGUUGUGUUAGCUGUGACCGUCACACAGAAACUGUUGACCUGCUCUGGUUUCAUACAGACCACAGUAACCACGGGGCAUCGAGGGGGGUCAGCGCAUUCACACCCCGACUGUGAAAUACUGUCAGACGAUGCUAGUGCUACAGAGGCGUGUGCGGGGUGUCCUUCGGUCGCAGCGCCUCUCUUUGAAAGUAGGGCCGCUCCUGCAACUAACUGAUGAUCUGAGUGAACCUGAACCGAAGUAACUCAUCAAGAAGCAAGAAAACACUUGUAGGCUGAGUAAAGCGCCUUGAGGUGACUGUUGUUGUGAGUUGGCGCUAUAUAAAUAAAACUGAAUUGAAUGGAACUUGGAAGAGUUAAAUCUGGUUUGACGUCCGCACAGCUGAGCCGAGUGUUUUAGUGCAUCGCUCUCUAAUAUUUCAGUUUGAUCGAGGAAAUGAGCAGCAGUGUGUCAGAAUAAAGUCCUCCAGGAUGCUUCGUGGGGCUGUCGUCUGCCUCACUCCUCACCCACCUCACACAUGUGCAGUUUGUCAGCACAGAGGGAGGGGGUUGAACCAACUAAUAAGUCUAGUGCCGGACGUCCUUAUUUUAAAGAGCUGUUCAGGGAUGGCAGAGGAGUAAGUGAUUUUAACCCACUUCUUACUUUCAGUUUAAGCAAAAAUGACUUUCUGAGAGGUUCAGCUGAGAUUGGGGUUUGGGUUCAAAUAUGCUUCUUUGCUGCAUCGAGGCUGCACCGUGCUUUAGAUGUGAUGCCAAAGAACACCGCAUGCAUAGAAAAACCAGGUGGGGAUCUGACAGCUUCAGGGCAUUACACAAAGCACCUUUCUCUCUGCUGAUCUCACAGCUCUUCAUGGCUGCCAGCUGUCUGUUAAUAACAGAUGACAUUAUCAUUAUUUUUAGUUUUACAUUACAAAGCCAGUCUGUGCAAAAGAUAUGAAAAUGCUCCACCAGGAGUACUAGUGUCUGCAAGGUCACACCUGAUUUCUGUUUUCCUGUUUUUGUGUGUUUUAUAACCCGAGCUGGAGUUUGCAGUUUGCAGUGAGAGCGUUUCUCUGUGUUUUGUGACACUGACGUGAAAUGAAAACAAUCAUUUGAGCUGUUAAGUGGAUGAAAUGUGAAAAACUGCAGUUACUCUAAAAUGUGUCUCCUGCUCCUCAGCGAGCUUGAUGAAACUUAUUUUAAUGGUGUUAUUUGGGCUGAAGCUGUA